AGACCGUUUGACUAUGAUUAGAAAGAGACAGGCUUGGCCGUGAAGGAACCUCUCUAAACAAUAUCUAUAAGAGACUAGGAGGCACCAAGCUAAACGGGAUAAAGACAUAUAUAUAUAUAUAUAUACACUAAUAUACAGGUUCUGAGCAUCAAUUGAUCAAGUUUCAGAAACCACCAUGGUUGAGGAAGUGAAGCUUUUCGGCAUGUGGGCAAGCCCUUACAGUCGCAGAAUUGAGCUUGCUUUGAAACUAAAAGGAAUACAGUAUGAAUACAUGGAAGAAGACGUAAAAAACAAGAGCCCUUUGCUUCUAAACUACAACCCAGUUCACAAAAAAGUCCCUGUGCUUGUACACAAAGGAAAACCAGUUGCAGAGUCGCUUGUCAUUCUUGAAUACAUCGAUGAGACCUGGAAAGACCAUCCCAUCUUGCCUCAAGAUCCUUACGACAGAGCCUCCGCACGGUUUUGGGCAAGGUUUAUAGACGAAAAGCUCUCGGCAGCAGCAGGGAAGGUUUUCAUGGGCGAAGAAAGGGAAAAGGCCAUAGAAGAAUAUUUGCAGCUGCUGAAAAUGCUGGAGAAUGAGCUCAAGGAGGACUUCUUUGGAGGUGAAACUCUGGGAUACGUUGACAUUGCAGCAAUGACAAUUCCCUUUUGGUUUACACUUGUGCAAGAAGUUGGGGGAGUAGAGCCGCUUACUGAAGAGAAAUUUCCCAUCUUAUACAAAUGGAUUUGUAAGCUCCAUGAUAUGGAUGUUGUCAAUGAAUGCCGCCCUCCAAAAGAGAAACUUCUUGCCCAUAUUAGAUCUCAGAUGGAAGCCUUAAAAACUGCUCCCAAGUAGAGAGUUUGUGUUUCACUCGAUCGGAUUAUCGACCUUUUAUGUUUUGUGGAUAUGUAUCUUCUAUGAUAAGAUAAUCUAAUAAAGAAGAGAAGUUGGGGGAGAAGAGUAAAGUGUGUUUCUCAUUCUCUGAUCUGUGCUAACUGUACAGUGAAGGUUCUGGCCUUUUGUUCUUACAGAAGCACAUGUCCUGUAGUAUACAACAACUAUAAACAAGCAACUCCUA